UCCACCCCACAGGAUCAUCUUUCUAGAAUCUUCUUUGAAAGUUACAGACCUUUAACAUCCUAACUCCUUUUCUCCCCUCCCAAGACCCAACUAGAUCAACAUGGCAGAGAGCACAGACAUGGCGGCGCUGGAGGAGAGCUUCCGGAAGUUUGCAGUCUAUGGUGAUACCAAAGCGACGGGGCAAGAGAUGAAUGGGAAGAACUGGGCCAAGCUGUGCAAGGACUGCAAAGUGAUCGAUGGGAAAGGGGUCACCAGCACAGACGUGGACAUUGUCUUCAGCAAGGUGAAAGGGAAGACUUCCCGGUCCAUAAACAUGGAGGAAUUUAAGAAGGCCUUGGAGGAGCUUGGCCCAAAGAAGUUUAAGGACAAGAGCAAGGAGGAAGCAUUUGAGGCCAUCUGUCAACUGGUGGCUGGCAAAGAACCAGCCAACCUGGGCGUUACUAAAGCCAAGGCGGUGGGAGCAGUAGAGAGACUCACCGACACGUCUAAGUACACCGGCUCCCACAAGGAACGCUUCGACGAGACCGGCAAGGGCAAAGGCAAGAGCGGCCGGGAGAACCUCGUGGACAACAGCGGUUACGUGGCGGCCUACAAGAACGCAGGCACUUACGAUGCCAAAGUGAAGAAAUAGGAGUGGCAAGCCCUUGUGGCCGCUCCUCCCAGACCCUACUGACAUGCCCCCCCCUCUCCGUGGGGUUCAGCUUUGCUGGGCCCGUCCCGAGCCUCAGAGCUGCUGCUGGAAGGGGUGCCUGUUUCCCAAGCGGCCCAUGCCGUUGCUGCGUUAAAGUUUCCAACAUCCUCCUCGGAGGGCCUCAUCUCAGCCUGCUUCCUCUCUCACUGUGGCCCAUGCUCCCCCUCAGAUCACCUCUGCUUCUCCUCAGAUCGUUGCCAAAGAUGCCCGUGACGCAACCUGUGCUUUGCUCGCUAGUGCUAAUAAUUAGGAGGUGUUUCUGUCCCUAAGGGGGAAAAAAACUGCACUUGCUGAAUUUACCUGUUGAUGACACAGAGUUUAUGUCUGAUAAACAAGAUGGUGGCCUCUACUCCGCUCCUAGGCUUCUGACAGCACCCCCACUUUCUAGGCUCCCCUCCCCAGCCCCUCUCACCAACAAUAAAGUCUGCUUAUUCCAUGACUGGCCUCCCAGCCUUCCCCAUAGCACCCUUUCACUGCUUUGAAUUGUAUAAGAAAAACUGUAUAUAAAUAAAGUUCUACUACUAUG